AUGUCCAGUGUACAUGUAGCUGAUGCAGCAGUAGGUUACCUACAGCAGGAGUGUGGUGUGGAACAGCUGGGAUGUUGUGGUGUGGAACAGCUGGGAUGUGUGGGUUUCUGCUGGGGAGGGCGAGCUGUGCAUGCCUGCCUGGUGGCCCGGAAAGACUUCAAGUGUGGAGUGGCUUUCUAUGCAUAUGGCAUUGGCAGUAAAGAUGAUGAGAAACUUGGACUGCUGAAUGCACCAGGGCUCUUCAUCUUUGGAGAAAAAGACCCCGUAGUUCCACUGGAACAGGUGGAAACUCUUAAGACAGAGCUGAAGAAGUCUUGCAAGGUGGACUACCACGUGACCGUGUACGAAGGAAUGCCACACGGCUUCGCACAUCGUAAAAAGGAAGAGAAUGACAAAGAUGCAUCGGCCAUUGAUGGAGCACGUCUUGAGAUGUUGAAGUGGCUGGAGAAGUACAUGUAGUCAAGGAGGUUAACAUCUUCAUGCCAUCUUCGUGAUGUGUCAAUCUUUCAUGUUUAUAUAUUAUAUAUUUAUACAUAUAUAUAUGGGUGGGAGUUCUGACAGAAAACCGGAGAUAUGGUAGAAAAGUCACAAUCUUCCCCACCAACCUCUGCUUGGAGAGUAUAGCUACACUGACUGUAGGCAGAAUAGUUUGCGAGGGCAGUUUAAGUGCUCUCCAAGCAGAGGUUAGGCUCCCGCUCUUUAGGUGUUUUUAUCGGGAUUACUAUUUUGAGACAAUAUUCUUUCUUGAUGUCUCGCGGCUGAUAGCCGGAUAAAAAUGCCUAAAAAGGGCAAAAUCUUGAAGCAAGGCUAUGUUUGCAGCUCUUCUGAUAUGCCUGAACGAGUCUAAUCAUGUUUUAAAAAGUUUCUAAAAGUCCUUUUGGUAACGCUCACUAUCAACAUUUCUGUAGCCCAGGUGGACCACACAGAUUUAUGCAGUCUCUUACAGCAGGGGGCUAGUCCACUCCUAGUGGUCUGUGUGUACAACUACCAAUUACUCUUUCCCAAAUGCUGCGUGGUAGCCAGGGAAAGAAACAUGUACAAUUUUUUAAUUCUUUGGAGUCUCCUUACAGUAUAUACACGCAGAUUAAAGCUGUAGUCUACGAGAGAAGUAGAUUACGAUGUCUCGAUACUACAGUUAACAAACAUGUGUAAAGCCAGUCUAUGACUCUUUCAUUUGUACGUUCAGUUUCUUAAGUUCAUUCAUGUACGUGAGAGAUAGAAAGAAAGAGGACAGCACAUGACACUGUAUUACUAAACAAUAGUUUAUCAAGUGAACUCCAAAACUUCCACUAGACCACAUAGAAUAAACAGAUUUUGUUACAUCCUUA